UCAUCCGUCCACAGGAUGUCGCUAUUCUAACUCAGAAUCUUAAGUUUUUCUUUGGUAUUGCUGUUUGCGCUCGGCUUCCCCUAGUGGCGACUUGCUGUAAGCAGCAGGCAGAAAGAACUUUUUAUUUCAGUUGGAAAAGAGGCCUUGAGGUGUUAAGACGUUACACACCUCCUCUGCACCAUACAUCGUUGGGAACCCUUGACAAAACAAAAUCUUUUUACCACACACACACACACGCGCACACGUUCACGCGAAGAAAUAAAUGAGAGGAAGGAGUUUGGGCCUCCAUUUUUCUUUGUUGGUUUAGCUCGCUGCCAAAGUCGAGUAGCCAUACGCUCGGCUGAGGGCAGAAGAGUAAAAAGAUUUUCAACACAUCAAGCACCCAAGAUGUCUCAGCAAGAAGUUUCACCACCUAUCAGCCAAGUGGUCACCAGGUCGGAGGCCAGUCAUUCUCAUUCUUCACGCCGGUCCAGAACGAGUCAAGCUGCUGCACAAGCACGAGCAGACGCCGAAGCUGCCUACGCCAGAGCACGGUACGCCAAACGCCAAAUCGACAUGGAGGUCGAGAAGGCACGCAUCGAGGCAACACUACACGCUCUGAAGACGGAAGGUGAAGCAGAAGCAGCGCUCGCCGCAGCUAAAGUUUGGGAGGCGACUUUCGAAGAAGAGGAGCGCGCCAAAGUCGACCUCAGCGAGCAAGGGGUAUUUUCCAAGACACCCCCCUCCAUCAGGCGUGCACAAGAGUAUGUGCAUGCUCACUUUGACGACCAGCGUGUCCAAGCAGAUGGCACACAAACGCCAAACAAUGAGCACCUGGUUAGGCACAAUGACUCUCAACAACCAGAAAAUAGCCCAAAAUCAGCUGGUGCUUUUCCACAUGUGCGUCACAUCGACAUCGCUGACGAAGAGCAUCUCCAAUCUCAUCGUGCGAGAACGGACAUCUCACACCAGCCUACACCUUCAGCAACCCCACAAAGUGAACUGUCCAAUUUAGCAGCCUAUCUAGCACGGCGUGAUCUGCUGACAUCGGGGUUCAAGGUUUUCGACAACCGGCCAGAGUCCUACCUGUCCUGGAAGUCCAUGUUCUGCAACGCGACGGAAGGCCUCAAUCUCAAGCCCAGCGAAGAGCUCGACCUUCUCACCAAGUGGCUCGGCGGGGAGUCUCUUCAACACGCUCAGAGGAUCAGGGCGGUCCACGUGAGUAAUCCACAGGCAGGUCUCCAACGUCUGUGGCAGCGGCUAGACAAGACUUAUGGCUCUCCAGAGGUAAUUGAAUCCUCACUCUUCCAACGGUUGCAGACUUUUCCAAGAAUCUCCAACAAAGACACUCACUUACUGCAGGAGCUUGCUGAUCUUCUGUUAGAGCUAUCGUAUGCCAAAAGUGAAAGUUAUUUGCCGGGUCUUAGCUUUCUCGACACACCAAGGGGCAUAAACCCGAUAGUUGAAAAACUCCCAUAUGGACUCCAGGAGUCAUGGGUUACACAAGGUACCAAAUACAAAAGGGAAAACGGUGCAGUCUAUCCACCUUUUUCGUAUUUUGUGCGGUUCGUAAAUGACUACGCUGAAAUGAGAACAGACCCUAGCUUUAUGUUACAGUGUUCAAACGUAAUAAAUCCAAGGGUUGAUAAGACAUCAGUAAGACGAGACAAAUACAGAGUUCCAUUGGCGGUGAAUAAAAUAGAGAUCAGUCCGGCUAAAUUGACAGCACUCGAUCCAGACAAACAAUGUCCUAUCCACCAAAAACCACAUUCACUCGUCAAAUGCAGGGGGUUUAGAAUGAAAACACUAGACGAAAGAAAGAACAUUCUCAAAGAGCACGCCAUUUGUUUUAAAUGUUGUGCGUCCACAAAUCACAGGGCUCGAGACUGUAAAGCUAUUAUCCAAUGCUCAGAAUGUGAUAGCGAUGCUCAUGUGUCUGCCAUGCAUGUCGGUCCACCUCCAUGGACACCUCAAGACUUUAAUCCCCCAACCCAGAGUCACGGCGGGGAGUCUGAGGGCCCAAAUCCUGUGAACACAGCCAGUUGCACAGAAGUAUGUGGGCAAGGCGUAAAAGGAAAAUCAUGCUCAAAGAUCUGUUUAGUUAAUGUAUAUCGCCGAACUUCUCCAGAAAAGAAAAAGAGGGUAUAUGCCAUGUUGGAUGAUCAGAGCAAUUCAUCCUUAGCCAGAUCUGCGUUUUUUGACAUGUUUAAUGUGCAAGGUACCAUAUUCCCAUACACCAUGAGAACAUGUGCAGGUUUAUCAGAGACACAAGACAUUAUGCACAACAACUUUGCUAAAGAUGAGGCGAAUAACUGGGUAGCUCCACUUCCAUUCCGCUCACCUAGGCGGCGCCUACCUGACAAUCGGCAGCAGGCCUACAAUCGUUUAAUGUCGCUCCGCAAAACGCUGAGAAGAAAACCUGAAAUGAGAGCGCAUUACGCUGAGUUUAUGGAGAAAAUAUUCAGCAAGGGCCAUGCCGAACCAGCGCCCGCACUGGCGCCAGAUCAAGAGUGCUGGUAUCUCCCUAGUUUUGGCGUUUACCACCCGCAAAAGCCAGAAAAAAUUAGGGUAGUCUUUGAUUCGAGUGCUCAACUUGACAAUGUUUCUCUCAAUGACGUGCUCCUCAAGGGACCAGAUCUUAACAACACUCUCGUAGGAGUUCUGAUGCGGUUUAGGUCCGACCCAUACGCCGUCAUGGCAGAUGUGGAGCAUAUGUUUCACAACUUUGUAGUCCGAGAAGACCACCCCGUAGGUGCGGUAGCAUACCUCAAACUCACAAAUGAGGACGGACACAGCGAAGUGGGACUCCUCCUCGGCAAAGCACGUUUAGCUCCUAAACCAGACAUCACCAUACCCCGACUUGAACUCUGUGCAGCAGUCCUGGCCGUGGAAGUAGCAGAGUUGGUUCUAGAGGAGCUGGAUGUCACAGUCGAUCAGCUCUCCAGCUCCACCUGGCUCAGAGGCCCAGCUUUCCUCUCCAGGUUGGACCAAAGUCAAGUUCGAAGUCAAACCUUCGAUCUCAUAGACCCAGAGACUGACUGUGAGUUGCGUCCUGAGGUGUGUUCCAUUUACGUCUUUCGCUCCCCUCCGCCCACUUUCCCUCCACCCUCCAAGUGGCCUCAGUGGGACGUCAUAGCAAGUGCUCAGGGCAAGUGA